AUGUCUCAGAUCCCCACAGGGCACCUGUGUGCCACUGGGCCCCACCCGGGGAACCUCCUGUAUAUAGCCCCUUUACCCCCUUGUACCACCCUAAAUAUGCUUGUUUCCUCUCCCCUACCCACCCUGGGAUCAUCAUUCAAGGUGGGAAAUGCACCACCCCGACAACAUCAAACCUAUUACGAAUACCAGACUAGCACACAGUGUAACGUAAAGCUUCAUAAAGAGCAAAUCCUAGAGGUAACCGGCAAGAUUGGUGACCCUGCAUUGAGACCCAACCUGACCAGCGAGCUUCAUAGCAACAUUAGCACACUAGCACAGGCCAAAAGAGUGAGAGAAUUACUAGCUCAACCUACCAUCCCAAAUGCUGAAAAUCUAUUCACAUAA